UCUCUCCCAAUACGCCUUGUGACCUUUGAUCCCAUUGUCGCUUCUCACCGUCGGGCGCUACUUCAACAAACGCAACGUAGCGGUGAAACCUCCAAAUGUCCGCUGUUGAAAAUGUGUACUUAGAACUGUUAUCCUCAGGUCGGCUUGAACAAGAAAGCAAGAAUGGAAAACCAAUUGCCAAACUGGGAAAGCUUCAUCAACGAGCACCCUCGCUUCCCAAAUGCAUGCUUAGUGAGUGAGCCAAGCCAAGAAAAGGCGACGUAACACAGUUGUAGCUGUGUCCCCGUCCACAUUUUGGGGCAUCAAAUUCAAGGAGACGAAACGUUUGCAUACCCACAAACAACGUUCAUUGGUUGAUUGGAAAUGGGCUUCCAAAGCAUAAAAGCUCAAAAUGAAAAGAAAGAGAGGAAACUGCAGCUUAGACUUGUGCUUGUUUCCACACGAUCCCCGCUGAGUUUGGGCAGAACUUGGACUGGUAGUCGCCAGUCGAGUGUCAGGAGCAAGACGAGAGGCUGAACGUGACGUCACGGCAGCGAACACGACGUGAACAUGGACAAACUCGCCACGAAGCAAACGAGGAGAAAACGAGGUCUUGUUGUCAAGCCAGCCAUGAGUGAGUGGAGCGGCGAAGAUGGGAAGUGGCUGGACGCCCACUUUGACCCGGUGGCGGGACUGCGCACCUUCACCUCCUGCGCGGCGCUGGCCGACUUGAGCGGGGAUGGGGACGGUCGCCUGGUGGCGGCCGACCUUGGCGGUGGAGGUGGCGUGGCGUCCAUGAAGCUGAAGGUGUACGGAGGCACAGCGCUGAGCAGCGAGAGCGUCCUGCUGGACCUUCCAUGCGGCCUCGCGGCCUUCUUCAUGGACCUGCACGAGCCUCGCGUUCCCGCCGUGGCCGUGGCGUCUGGACCCUGCGUGUACGUCUACAAGAACCUCAGACCCUACUUCAAGUUCACGCUGCCCGGACUUGACGUCAACACACUGGAACAGGACGUAUGGCAGCAGGCCAGGGAGGGGCACAUUGACCCCCCCGCCGUUAAGGAGACGUUGGAGAGCCUCCGAAAGAAGGCCGACGUGCCGCUGUCAGUGCGCUCGCUCCGCUUCCUGUCUCUGGAUAAUGAGCACCUGGAGGGCUUUGUCCAGCUGCACAAAGAGCAGCCCAUCAAACGUCAGACAGUUAUCACGUGCAUGGGCACGCUGAAGAAAAGCACGGCGGACGAAGACGGCGUCAGCUGCUUGCUGAUUGGCACAGAGAGCGCCCAUCUUUACGUGCUGGACCCCGAGGCCUUCGUCAUCCUCGCCAAGCUGGCGCUGCCGGCCCCUCCCACCAUGAUGGACGCGACGGGUCAGUACGACGUGGAGUUCCGGAUCACGGCGGCGUGUCGAAACGGGAACGUCUACAUCCUGCGCAGGGACUCGGACAAAGCCAAGUACUGCGUGGAGCUGUCGUCGCAUCCCGUGGGCCUGGUGAGGGUCGGCAAGAACAUAGUGGUGGGAACCACGGACCAGAACCUGCAGGGAUUAACGCAGAAGGGCAAGAAGUUGUGGAAGGUGCUCCUUCCGGCCCCCAUCUGCACCAUGGCCGGCAUGGACCUUCCCGCUCGAGGCUUCCAGGGGGUCCUGGUGGGUCUUGCCAACUGCGAGGUGCACUUAUACAGGGACAAGAACCUGGUGAGCACCAUCAAGACUCCGGACACAGUGAGCGCUAUUUGCUUCGGGCGCUACGGGCGAGAAGACGGGACCCUGGUCGUGACCAUGAAGGGCGGCGGGCUGAUGGUGAAAAUCCUCAAGAGGACGGCGGAGUUCCGGGACCGGGACAGUGCUCCCGGACCUCCGGCCGCGCAGAGUGUCCGUCUCGACGUGCCCAAGAAGACCAAACUCUACGUGGACCAGACACUAAGAGAGCGCGAGAGCAGCACAGCCAUGCACCGGGCCUUCCAGAUGGACCUGGUCCGCCUGCGACUGGCGGCGGCCAAGGCCUACGCCAAGGCCUUGGAGUCCAGUCUGACUCCGGUGUCAUCCAGGCCAGGGCGCUCGCUCAAAAUGAAUGCCGUAGUCCAAGGUCUGGGCCCGUCCUUCAAGCUCACGCUCAAUGUUCAGAACACGGCGGCGUGCCGGCCCGUGCUCAACCUGGCCAUCAGCUUCCUGUACGAUCAAAGCCUGUACAGGAUGAGGAACCCCUUCUUGAAGAUCCCGCUGCUGGUGCCGGGACUGUUCUACCCGGUCCAGACCCUGGUGGAGUGUACCAGUGACAAAGGCAUCUCUGACAUUAUCAAAGUUGUUGUCCUGCAUGAGGAGCAGAGCACCCCACUGCUCACAGCGCACAUUAACAUGCCCGUCAGCGAGGGGAUCAACUGAAACGCUUAGCUUAGCUCAUCUUAGCCUAAGCCUGACUCUUUUUAGCUUCAUUUAGCUUGGCUCAGUUUCCAGCCCGGACGAUGGCGGAAAGCGUACGGGGGGCCCAGGGAGCCAGCCGCAGGCGCUCCCGUGAAAAGGGUAGCGUGACUAGCGUCCAAAAUUUGCAAUGUUGAUCUUCCUGUCCUGAAAAAAAAAAAAAAAAAACCCUAAGGUGUAACUAUCGAUAUGAAAUAGUCUAUAGCAAUUCUAUAGCAUUCAUCAUUUU